GAGUUCAAUCUUGAGUCAGUAAGCGAGCGAACGCUAAUCUCAAGACUACGUUCAUAUUAUCCCACGUCCACUGCGAGGUCCACUGCCAAUUGAGUCCCGUUAGUUUGUUGUCCAUAAGAUGAGAUAAUACCCAGUUUAUAAAGUAUAGGGAUCCCUAGACUGUGUUAGUGUAUCGGUGAACUCACAUCCGUAUGAGGUCAUGAACAAGUGUUUUAUCUGUGUACGAGUGGAGUGAACGAAAGUGUUGACAUGGCAGACCGUAAACACCUGCCUUACUAUUAUGAAGAGAAUGAAAGGGACACUUACUUUAGUAAGAAUAAAAUCAAAAUACCGGAAUCAGAAAAAAAUGGAUUCUCCUUCAGAAAAUUAUGGGCAUUUACAGGACCUGGUUUCCUUAUGUCCAUUGCCUACUUAGAUCCAGGUAACAUCGAAAGUGAUCUGCAAUCAGGGACAAUAGGCAAUUACAGACUCUUAUGGGUGCUAUUUGCUGCAACCUUAUUAGGAUUAGUAAUGCAGUCACUUGCCACAAAACUAGGGGUUGUGACUGGUCUCCAUCUAGCUGAAAUGUGCUAUAGAAAAUAUAAGGCAGUACCGAGGAUAAUAUUAUGGAUUAUGGUAGAGAUAGCUGUAAUUGGAUCUGACAUGCAAGAAGUCAUUGGAACAGCUAUAUCAAUAUACUUGCUUUCAAAUAAAAUAAUACCCCUAUGGGCAGGAUGCCUCAUAACAAUCGUGGACACGUUCACAUUCCUGUUCUUAGAUAAGUAUGGUUUGAGGAAACUCGAAAUGCUAUUCGCUUUUCUGAUUGGUGUAAUGGGAGUAACUUUCGGUUAUGAAUUUGUGGUGUCAAAUCCACCUCAAGGGGAAGUCAUGAAAGGUCUUUUCGUUCCAUGGGCACACCAAUAUGAUUCAAAAGUCUUCAUGAUGGCCGUUGGAGUAAUAGGAGCAGUUAUCAUGCCUCACAAUCUUUACCUACACUCAGCUCUAGUAAAAUCUAGAGAUAUCGAUAGAAAGAAACCUGAAAAAUUGACAGAAGCCAGAAUGUACUAUCUAAUUGAGAGCUCACUGGCUUUGAUAUGUAGCUUGAUUAUUAAUAUAUUCGUUGUUUCCGUUUUCGCUCAUGGUUUAUACCGGAAGACAAAUAAUCAGUUGUUAGAGGACUGUAGAACCAAUAACUCAGACGUAUACUCAAGAGCAUUGGACGUUUUUCAGCCAAAUAAUGAGUUCAUCGAUGCAGAUAUCUACAAAGGCGGAAUAUUCCUCGGUUGCACCUAUGGUAUCGCAGCUCUAUACAUAUGGGCUAUUGGAAUUCUGGCAGCUGGUCAAAGUUCCACAAUGACGGGUACAUAUGCUGGCCAAUUUGCAAUGGAAGGCUUCCUCAAUCUGCAAUGGCCAAGAUGGAAAAGAGUCCUUUUCACCAGAAGUAUUGCAAUGGUUCCUACUUUCUUGACAGCUUUCUUCAGUAAUUUGGAGGAAGUUACGAAGUUGAAUGACUUUCUGAAUGCUGUGAUGAUGCUCCAAUUGCCGUUUGCAAUUAUUCCAACUAUUACAUUCACAAGUGAUCCGAGAAUCAUGGGGCAGUUUGUGAAUGGAUUGGCUUUCAAAGUGUGCUCCAUAGUACUUGGAAUCAUCGUCAUUGCUAUCAACGCAUUUUUUGUGGUCACAAAAAUCCUCGAAUCGGACUUGAGCACCCUCGUUAUAAUAUUGAUAGUGAUCUUAUCGAUAUGUUAUUCAAUUUUUGUGCUUUAUUUAAGUCUGCACAUGGUCAUAUCCUUCGGAUCUACGAAACUGGAAAAUGUGACUUUGAUUCAACAGUACGUUAUGAAUGAUCUACCAAGCACUAACGGGUCUACCAAUGAAGUAACGUGAAAGAACUCUGAUACUGGUGAACAUAGGUUUCAAAGUAUCUGUUAGAUAAUGAAGAUAUUUUCUUUAAGGCCAAUGAAUAUUUAAUGGAAUAAUAUAACGUUAAGAAUACGAAGCGAAUACUGUGAUAAACAUUUUUAUACUAUUCGACUAUUAUUAAAUUUGUAGAAUAAAAUAUAAGUUAUUAU